UUCUUUUCGGCAUGUAAGAACUUGCUUAAAUUUAUUGUACUUGAUAUCACGUUUUAAUCACGUUUAAGUAGUAUACUUUAAGACGGGCUCAAAAGCUUAGCGUUCGAGGAUGGUGCAUGUACACCCAGAAUAAAACAAUCAAAGGGCUCAUACAGGGGUAUCCAAAAAACUUCGAGGCUAUGCGUAUUUGGUUAAUGUAUACUGGUAGCCCGACUAGCCGUAUUGACAAAUGUGUGUUUGGUGAAAUUGAGGAGCUGAAAAGCUUUUCCUACAACUCUUUUAGCAUUCUUAACUAUUCUCACUUCACUUAGCUAAUUUUUGACAUUAAAAAUAAAGCCGGCUUUUCACAUUGAACUGUGCUGUGUGACCGUUUCUUAAUACUGGCAAAGAAGAAAUUGUAUGGUGACACUGAUUCACCAAAGUGCAACGCUGCGUGGUAUACAAUCAAGUAAAACAAACGGCAUUGCAGUUGAAAUCGUUUCGCUCACCGUAGCCCGUGACCAAAAAAUAAAAACAACUAAUAUAUUGUAGAAUAUUCGGUAUAGCUAACUGAAAAUACGGUUAAAUAAAGUGCGCAUUGAAAUAAUGACUGCAGCACAUGCGUGACCUGGUUGCCACUUUCAACACGCGUAAGACUUUCACUUUUUUGCAAAGAGACGAUAAAUGAAAAAAAACAACAACAAUUACCAAUUUACACACCAUUUCUCGAAAAGAGCGCAACACCUUGGAGGAAAAAAUGAAAAGCCAGGCGGGUAGACAACGGCAUUGCGAGAUACCUAACUGAAAACGUGACGAUAUAGAUAUUUUGUUAAAAAUAGUACACAAUAAUAAACAAAAGAAAUGCAACUGCAGUAGCAAGAGCGAUAACAACAAUAACACAACCAUUGCAUGGCUGUGUGAAUAAGUAAUUUGGCAUGUAUGUACAUGCGUGCGUACGUGUGUGUAAGUCUGUACUUGUGUGCAAAGGGAUAACAAAUUAACCAAAAAGCAGACUGUCUAUUUGUCUCUCUGUCUGUCUGCUUGUCCGAACGUGUGUGUGUUUGUAUGUGUACGUACGUGGAGUACAGAUUUAGGUCAAUUUAAAAUUGUCAGUGAAAACGAAAACUGCGUUGCAUUUGUGCUAUAAAAAAAAAAACAAGUAUCGCAACAUGGACAACAGAAUACAAGCGACACAGCAGCAACAACAACAAGCAUCGCGUAGCUCACAGCUCGUCGUUAAUCUGGGAGGUCCAAAUGCCACUAGCUCCACGGAAGCUAGCGCCCCACCUAGCACAGACAUCGGUACGACUGGCGUCAGUAGUAUCAACAGCAACAUAACGAAUAUCAAACGCAACAGCAACAAAAAUAAGAGCAACAAUGGGCAUCAACGCAGCCAUAGUAUCACAAACGCAGCGGCCACAUCGUUUGUAAAUCUCUUCGAUGGAUUCACUUCACGUGUGUCGACGGCUGUAAGUGUUGCCGGCAGCAGCACCACUAACAGCGCCAUGGAACGGAGUCAUAGUGCAGCCAGCACGCCCAGCUCAACGCACUCCGGAAUCGGCGUGGGUGUGGGUGGCAUUGGUGCCGGUUCGAUAGCUAGUCUUACGAGCAUGGGCUCGUUGGGUACCACAGCUAAUGCAUUUUACUCCUCAAUAGGCAGCGCCCUCAAUUCGCUCACAUCACCAAUAACAGCAGCCGCGGCGGCGGCGACAGCAACAACAACGGAGGUAGUGGUAGCCGCUGCAUCGGCUAUCACAAAUCACUUAAGUUCACCUACCAGCGGCACACCGCCGCAUGGUCUGGGCGUCAAUGACGAGGACUGUGAUGAUAACGAUGAGGAGGAGGAUGAGGAUGAUGCUGUUGAUAAUGAUGGACAUAUAGCCGCGCCGACGCCAUCCAAAUCAUGGGCUGAGAUCAGAUGUGUUGUCCAAGACAUUCGCAAGGAUCUGUCCAAUCUGUCAACGAUGGUGCCCACCAAUGUUCAGUUCCGUCAUCUAUCCGAUGGCCGUGCCCGGUGCUAUUUUCUCAGCACACCACCACAUAACUGGGAAACGACGCUGCUAUUCACUGAUAUUAACCUGAGACAGCAUGACGAACAGCAACUGCAGCAGAUCGGGGGCGUUGACAUUGAAACGGCCACUGCUGGUAGUCUAAGCGGCGCAACAUCACCAACAAUAAACCUGCCAACGUUUCAUUUUGGUGCACAUCCAAAACCCAGAUUGAUUUGGCAGUCGCUGCUCCAACAGCCCAUACCCAACAGCCACGUGGGAACCGGCAUUGGUGGAAGUAGUGGCGCCUAUCCAUGUGCCAGAGAAUUUCAAUUGAUGCAGGAGCGCAAGCGUUUGUCUACGUGGGGUAUUACCUCGUAUGAACUGCACAAACCUAGCGGCAAACUGGUCUUUCCUUGCUUGAAUGAUCUGUAUCAAUGUCUGGACACGGGAUACAAUUCUGGUUUACUGUUUCCCUCACAGCUGCGAACAUGCCCGGAGUGGACCGCGUUGGAUCCACAGAUCUGUCCACAGAACUCCGAUUUGAUUGCUCAUAUCAGUGACUGUGAUAUUUGGGUAACGCACACACUAAGCGGCCAUGAGAAGCGUUUAACGUACACAAGAAGUGGACGACACACGUUUGCGGAUGAUGCAUUAAGUGCUGGAGUGCCAUCAUAUGUGAUGCAGGAGGAGUUUAGUCGCUAUCAGGGCUAUUGGUGGCAACCGCACUCGGACGAUGGCAUCUAUCGCAUUGUCUACGAGGAGGUAGAUGAAACGGAUGUGUCCGUUUACACAUUCCCAUCGUCGACGGCCGUGCCUGGCGAGGUGGAUGAAUAUCGAUUUCCACGUAGUGGCACACAAAAUGCCAAAUCUAAAUUGAAGCUUGUACAAUUUGUGCUCAAUGAGGCGCUGCUAAUUAGCGAGAUUACCAUCAAGGACUUGCCCUAUUCAAUGUCGGUGGUAUUUCCCUGGCUGGAAUACAUUGUGCGUGUCGGCUGGACACCGGAUGCCAAUUAUGUUUGGAUGCAGGGACUUAAUCGCAAACAGCAGCGUUUAGACGUUAUGUUAAUACCGCUCGACAAUUUCUGUGAAUCGUACAGCAGUCAGGUGUCCACGCCGACAGAUUCCAUUGGAGAUCAUAGUUGGCGUAGUCCAUAUAAUCGCACAAUAACACCGCUGCAGGUCAUAUAUACGGAACAAUCAGAGAGCUGGAUCAAUGUGCAUGAUAUGCUCUACUUUCUGGAAGUAGGUGAUAUGAGCGUCACCUACCUGUGGGCCUCUGAGGAGACGGGAUUUAGACAUUUGUAUCUGGUCACCUCCAGUUUACUAUUGAGUCAUGCCAAUGGCUGCCAAACGGAUCCGUCUGCCGCCGCAGCUGCUGCUCAACAUCCCAGUUUUGUUGAGGCAGCCGCUCUGCAACCACGCAUCGUUAAUAAGGUGGCCCUGACGAGCGGAGAAUGGGAGGUGCUGGCACGUAAUCUCUGGGUGGACAAAGCAAAUCAAUUGGUUUAUUUUGUUGGACUGCGCGAUACUCCAUUGGAAAAACAUCUAUAUGUAGUAAGUUUGCAGCGUCCAGAGCACAUACGUCUGCUAACCGAGCCGGGCUAUUCGUAUCUGGUGGAGUUUGAUGAUCUAUGUCAGUUGAUGCUGCUCGUCUAUUGUAACAUCCAACGACUGCCCAGCUGCAAGGUUAUGCGAGUGAUGCAAACCUGCCAGAAUGGCGGAGUCAAUGGCAUACAGAUCUCGUUGGUUGGAUUUUUGCAUGAGGGCGGCAAACCGGAGCCACAAUAUUGCCCGCAAAUAUUUCGUCCGCAACUGCCGUCAGGCGAUAUCGUCUAUGCCAUGGUCUUUAAGCCGCACAGCUUUCAGCUGGGUGUUAAAUAUCCCACGGUGUUGAAUGUCUACGGCGGACCUGAGGUGCAAACUGUUAACAAUACAUUUAAGGGAAAACAUCAGUUGCGCAUGCAUAUGCUGGCCGCCCAAGGCUAUUGUGUGAUCUGCAUUGAUUCACGCGGUUCAAGGCAUCGUGGCAUACGCUUUGAGAGUCAUAUUCGGGGUCGUAUGGGUCAGGUGGAGUUGACAGAUCAGGUGGAUGCGCUGCGCAUACUCUCCGAUCAAUUGGGAUACAUUGAUAUGGAACGAGUUGCUAUACAUGGCUGGUCCUACGGUGGCUAUUUGAGCUUGAUGGGUCUAGUUCAGUAUCCGGAAAUAUUCAAGGUGGCUAUUGCGGGCGCCCCAGUUACGAAUUGGGAAUACUAUGAUACGGGCUAUACGGAACGUUAUAUGGAUAUGCCAAAGUGCAAUGAAGCGGGCUAUACGGCGGGUUCGGUGCUCAACUACGUACAUGCAUUUCCCGAUGAGGAAAAUCGACUGUUGCUCAUUCAUGGUUUGAUCGAUGAGAAUGUGCAUUUUAAUCACACGUCACGACUGAUCAGCGCUUUGAAUAAGGCCAACAAGCCGUAUGCAUUGCAUUUGUUUCCCGAGGAGCGGCAUUCGUUACGCAAUUUAGAAUCGAAUAAGAACUACGAAACGAAAUUAUUAUCAUUCUUACAAAACUUAUGAGAUUCGUAAAACGCAUACACCCCAUAAACCAUCCUAUACCAAUCCAAUUACAUGCAAUAUCGUAAUUGUUGU